AUGCGGAGAGUCGGUCGACGGUGCGGAUCCCUCAGCUCACCGUGCAUCAUCCAAUCAUGGCAAGGACUUGUCGCUACUCUUGCAGCCGACACCCAACCCCAACCCCAUCAUCGACCGGAACCUCUUCCCAGUCCCCCACCUCCCGUUCCCUAUGCGAUGCAGUCGAGUUUCAGCAAGGUGACUAGCUCGUCAACGUCGGAUCGGGCUUGGGACGUGACGGGUGAUGUGCAAAACGGCGGCACGCCCCCGCUGAACAGGACGAAGAGCAAGCAGCGGGACCCUCCGCCCGCGCUGUUCCUCCAUCCGUCACCCGCUGCGUCGCAUGUCUCGAUCCCAGGAAUCCCCCUUGCGGCCACCACCUCGGCCGGCGUGUCUUCUCUACCUCAGCAGCAAGCGACCUCGCACCAGCGGAAUGGAUCUCUCACAGUCUCGGCGCCCUCGGUCAACCGGCCGACCGUCGCUCUGGGUAAGCAGGAGAGCGUCCGCAGCGCCACCGACAGGACAGAUGCCUUGUGGGCCGAAAUGCAAGCCACUCUCGAGGAGGUUGAGCUCUCUGCGUCAGGCGGAACGCAUGUGUUUGGGCCCGAUCAUGAUCGUAAACUGGCGGACCUACGGGCUGCGCAGAUAUCGCUCGCGCAAGCCUGGGCGCGCAGCGAGGCCGACGAUGCCAUCGGCGUAGGCCACCGCGAUCACGGCGCUUUCUCGGCGGCUGGCGCCGACGAGGUCAGGAACCUGAAGGGUGCUGUCCUGGGUGACACGACCACCGGGAAGAGUGGCGACGGGACAGAUGCCGGCCGCAGCACGGUGGGAACGGGCAGCGCAAGGCCUGGAAGUAGCGGGAUGGGCACGGAGCGACUGGGCGCUAAGCUCGAGGAAGAGACCGAGGCCGACAUUCUGCUGGCAAGGAAGCGACGUGAGGCGAACGAUCAGUAUUUCCAGCGGGUCAAUCGAGGUGUGCUGGACGUCGUUGCCCGGCUUGAAGAGGUUGCUGUCGGCAUGAGAGCCGUUGAACAGGAGAGCAAGGAUAUCUGGGGCGAGACUGAGAGCGCCCCGGGGAGCCUGAGAACCUGA